AUAUGGCGUCGUGUAGUUACUCUCUCUUUGUCGGUGGUUCGUGCGGUAGCAGUUCUUCUAAUCCUGCUAAUGCUACAUGCAUAACAAUAGCAAUUUGUAAGAAAGAUGUCAAAAGUCAUUUGAAGUAUUUUAACUGUUAUGAUUCAGCUUUGAAGAUGGAGGCAGAUCUUCUUCUAGCCAGAGCAGGUAAGCAGCAAACCUUUGUUGUCUUUAUCAUAACAUUCGGUUAAUAUACUCCUGCUACCUUGUUAGUGUGUGUUAAAAGUUCAGCUAGAAAAUACUUUAUACUUGUCACAGAGUGUAUAGAAUAUAAGAAUAUAUUUACAUUGUUCAAACCGCAGUUGCAAUUGAAAUUCCGUGCAGACAAUAGCGAUUGCUUGAAAUAAACAAUGUCAACAUAGAAAAAUGCAACAAAAUUAUAAUUUAUUGUAUGUCAGCAUAGAGAAUUUUAACACUUUCAGUGUGUUAUGAUAUGUCGUAUAAAGUUUUCCAGAGAAUAUAAUAUAUACAUGUUAUUUACCGGGUUAUACUGUAAAAAUAUUUUCCCGCGGUUUUGGAAGCGGCUCGAGACAUCAUCAAGGGACGCUCCUGAGCCUGAGGGAAAAUAUUUUUCCAGCACAGGCCGACUUAAACGGUAAAUAACAUUAAUUAAGUACCUAAAAUAUCUAUAUGCUCUCGUGCAGAUUUUUAAGUCAACUCUUAGGGUAUACAGGUGGUUCAAAGUUCACUUACAUAGCUAGUUCAAAAUUUCAAAAUGCUGUGUUGUUUGUAAAUAUGGCAAAAAUAUCAUCCAAGGACGUACAUAUCAGUAUGUCAAGGAGAAUAUAGUAGAACAAAGCCUAGCAACAAAAGAUUUCGGUCUGAGAUUUCAGCGAUUCAGAAUUGCGCGAAAGCCGGGAGCGGUCCGUACCAUGUGAUCGAAACCUCGUACUUAGCGAAUCAGACAGAAAAAGGACAGAAAAAAUAAAGUAUAAAGCUUCAAUUCAAAUUUAAAUUCAAUCUGAACUAGUAUGUGUUAUUAGUAUGUGUACAACAGUGUAUUCUUUCAACAUUUUUUGGCAUUUUUGAAGUAAAUGAAAGUCACAAUAAAAUAUCGAUAUGUCCAAGUCAUCGAGAUGGAUUUUGGAAUCAGAUGGUGACGUACUACCAGAAAGACAUGUAUAUCUCCUUCAGCCUGGGCUCCCCACCGUGCCAAGAAAAUGAAAGCAGACCGUGGAAUAACUCUUCUCCAAUCUCAACGACUCUACAACCUCACCUCAAAAGUUGUCCCAGUGACCUCCUGUAAGUUAUUUGGACCAAAAGGGCGUGGCGGAAGUUGACAUAUCAGUCGCUAAGUAAUAUUUCUUUUCCCAAAAUUCCUGGCAAGCGGGAGGGGAGGGGUUUAUUUUCGGUCUUACCAUUUUAACUAAAUUACCGAAAUUUGUACAAUUUUUCAGAUAUUUUCAUAAAUUUUUAAAAAAAUUUUCUUACAAUUAUUACUUUUCAAACUACUAUGUAAAAUUUUUUGCUGAAUUACAUAUUUUUUGCCCAAUGUGACAAGCGUGUCGUUAAAAUUGCCCUACCAAACUGCAGUAUUACACUCAUCGGGGGGGGGGGGGCAUCGCACCCAACACCCCCAGUGGUUACUGCCCAUGAAACUCUUUCAUAACUAUGGCUAAUUUAUAGUUUUCAAUUUAUUUAAUUACAUAAAUUGUUUUUUUUUUGUCUGUAACAUUAACUUAUUUUUUAGGAAAACGACGACUGCGCCGAUGUAUGCCAAGCAAUGGAAUGCCUUACCAUUAUAUCUGAUUCUAGUUCAUACAAUACAGAAAGAACGAACAGUAGUGAGUCGUCAGCUGAAAGCAAGGGAACAGAGAAAACUUAAGCUACCGUCACUUGAAGCUAAACAAAUUUCUUACUGUGAGUGGUAG